UUUUCUGUUUACAUGUUUGUUAUUAUUCUGAGUGAACGAACAUACCGAAAGCGUGCUCCUUUUAAUGAAUUUUUCAUUGUUUCACCUGGCACAGUUUCCUAGAAAAUAAACCAGUGUGAAUGAUCUAGUUUUCUCAUACAAGAUCACCUCUCGCUAUUCGGAGAGUUUUUUUUCGAACGCGGAUUAAAUACACCCCCAUCAUCUUCGAUCCAGUACCCGAUUCUCUCUCUUGGAUACAACCAUAAAAAGCGGAAAAACCGCCUACAAGAAGAUCCUAUUUUUACCUCGCGAUCCGGAUUGAAAAUAUAUCAAUUUUAUUAUAAUCGAAAUUAUAGGGUAAUAGUGAAAUUAAAAAUCGGGUGAGCGUGAUAUUAAAUCAUAAAAACGCCCCUUUUGGCAAGACGGACAAGAUGACCAAAAACGUGGCAGUGAACAGGUGUGCCGUCAAUAAUGUAAACAAUGAGGGAAGUAAUUAUAGAAAAUAUGAGAGUGCUCGUCAGUGACAUUUCCGAAAAUGCGAGAUUUCUAGUGGUUCAUUCUUGAGGGUUGAGGGAAAAAAUUUCCCGGGCUGUUUUUUGUAAUUUGAACAUUGCUGGAAAGAGAAAGUGAAAAAUGGCGACACCUCCGGAUUCACCGGAAGUGGAAGAUGCCCUUUUUGAGUUUGAAAAUCCGCGGGCUCGUCACCAAAACACGAGGCCUGUUGCCCUCGACGAACUCCUGAGACAGACGAAAUUUUCCAGACAAGAAAUACGGGUCAUGUAUCGUGGAUUCAAACAGGAGUGCCCGGAAGGAGUCGUCCACGAAGAUUCGUUUAAGGACAUUUACGCAAAAUUCUUUCCUCAUGGAAACUCCAGCAUCUACGCCCAUUACGUGUUCAAAGCUUUUGACGUGAACUGCAACGGCGCCAUCAGCUUUAGGGACCUUCUAGUAACCCUAUCUACACUUCUGCGUGGAAGUGUAUAUGAAAAAUUAAGGUGGACAUUUAAAUUAUACGAUGUUAAUGGAGAUGGGUGUAUAACAAAAAGUGAGCUUGGGGAGCUAGUUACAGCGGUUCAUGAAUUAAUGGGACGAAGACACCAACACGCUGCUGAAGAUGAAAGAAAACUUCGAGAUCAAUUGGACAGAGCUUUCCGGAAGUUAGACCUCAAUGAAGAUGGUGUUAUAACCAUCGAGGAAUUCAUUGAAAGCUGUCUCAAAGACGAGGUGGUCACCCGGUCGCUGGCCAUGUUCGACAGUGAGCUUUGAUCUCCGGCUAAAGUAGCAUCCUCCACCCAAGAGGUAGUACCUUCGACAAUUUCUACAACCAGCGGACAUGACUCAUCGACAUGGUCUAACUCAUCCUCGACCUCGCCAUCGCCGCCCUGUUACACCUUGCUGCCACGUCUAGCGACAGCGGCCUCAUCACCAGGUUUUCCCAAGAACCAAGACCAAAAAA